UACAAUUUAAUAGUAAUUGUAAAAAAAAUCAAAUUCAGGCCACAUUGCAUAGUCUCCGAACCACCCUGUACGAAAAAUUGACACGCAGAUGAGUGACCGUGAGUGGGGGGGGGUCGUGUUUCAGACUUUAGCCCUUAUUUCAGACUUUAGCCUUGUUUUGUUGUUCCGAUUUCGAUCUAACAUUAAAGUGUAAACAUUUAAAAUCUGAGCCCAUAGUGCGAAGAAACGAUUUAUGAGAAAAAGUUGAAGUUUUUUCACAGGGUAGAACGCUGUCAGAUAGCUGUCAAAGCAGUGAAGUCGAAGUGGAAGAAAAACAAAUCAUACAUAUUUUUCAUACUUUUCACAAUUUAUCAUGUCGGAAACAAUGUUUGAUGCUCGUGCUUAUUGCAAAAUAAUGUUACACGCAGCGAAGUAUCCGCAUCUGGCAGUAAACGGAUUGCUUUUGGCAGAAAAUGGUAAAUCAAACGUGAUUGUGGAUGUGGUACCUCUGUUUCAUCAGUGCCUUCAUGUGUCACCCAUGGCUGAAGUAGCGAUGGUUCAGGUCGAAACUAAAGCAUCUCAAAAAGGUCAACAGAUUGUUGGUUAUUAUGUAGGUUGCGAGAAUUUCUACGAUAACCGAUUUGAGCGAGCACCGGGCAUACGGAUUGCGGAUAAAAUAGCCGAACACUGUCCUGAUGCUUGUAUUGCAGUAAUCGAUAACCGUGCCAUUUCGAUUAACAUGCGUUAUCCAGCUUUGCGUAUUUGGCAAUAUCGAGACAAUCGCUGGCUAAAAGCAAAAUGUGUGGUAGAAAAUGAUCACGUUACUUUCGAUGCCGUGUCCUGCUUAUUACAGCGUGGUGCUGCAAAAGAGUUGCAAGACUAUGAUAACUAUUUGGACAAUACGCAAAAUGAUUGGAACAACGUACAUUUCAACGGGGAUUUGAAGCAAAUUCUUUCCAUGUAUUAAGAAAUACUGUAACUAACAUUACCGAGUUGAAAUAUAUACGUGUAAAAUGUA